AUGUCUGAUGCAACAAGUGUUUCUAGGAAUAACCCUACAAUUAAAAUUGAACCACCAGAUUUUUCUAUAGAAGACGUCAACCGAGAAAAUGAGGAUGAAUUUGAUAGUAUUGAUGGUAUUGUUAAGUCUGAAUCCCCUUCUGAAGACGACAAAACGUGUUUACAAAGAUUUAUGAAUUCUGAAGUAACUAUUGAUGAAGAAGUCAAACAGGAAUUAGAUGAUGAGGGUGAAAAACUGUUUGAAUGCUCAAUAUGCAAUAAAGCAUUUAUUACAAAGUAUUUAUUAGAUUUACACGUUUGUAAUACCUUAGAAAAACAUUCAAACUUGAAUGAAUCUGAUAAAAAACGUGCUCAUAUUGGAAAUGGUUCUCACAUAUGCGAAAUAUGCAAUAAGGUAUGUUCAACAUCAACUGUUUUGGUACGUCAUUUGCGUCUUCAUACAGGAGAACGUCCAUACAAAUGUGAAAUAUGCAAUAAAGGAUUUAUAUCAAGUACAAAUCUGAAAGCGCAUUCAUAUACUCAUACAGGAAUAUAUCCAUAUGAAUGUGAAAGAUGUCAUAAAACAUAUAGAUUCCCAACCAGUUUGAAAAAACACAUGCUUAGUCAUUUUAAGAGAGCUUAUGAAUGCCAAAUAUGCAAGAAAACAUUCGUGGUAUUAAGCUCUUUAAAAGCACACAUGCCUAUUCAUUCUGAAGAGCGUCCAUAUAAUUGUGGAAUAUGUAAUAAAGCAUACACAUUAAAAGGUAAUUUGAAAAAGCAUAUGCGGUCACAUACUGAAGAAGGAACACUAUAAAUGUUAGACAUGUAAUAAGUACAUAAAAAAAUGUAGUCUGAUCCAACACAAUAAGCGCUUUCAUGAG